AUGGGUUGCCUGUGGCUCGUGCAGGGGGGCCCGGUUGUUCGAGUGGGUAACGACGACCACGGGCCGCCAUGGCUGAAGCCCUUGUUGAAGACGAGCUUCUUCGUCCCCUGCCGGGUCCACGGGGUCGCCAACAAGAGCGAGUGCAAUAUGUACUGUUUGGACUGCAUGGGAGACGCCUUGUGCUCUUAUUGCCUCGCCCAACACAAAGACCACCACAUUGUUCAGGUCCACACUCGGGUCCUUUCCCUAUUCCCGUUCUUCCGAUUCGAUCAUAACUCUUUCUCUCUCUUUGUCACUCUCUCCAGAUUCGGAGAUCAUCGUACCACAAUGUGGUGAGAGUGUCUGAGGUCUCCAAGUUCAUCGAUAUCUCCUGCGUGCAGACGUACAUUAUAAACAGCGCCAAGAUCGUCUUCCUGAAUGGGAGGCCGCAGCCGAGGCACGGCAAGGGGGUCACGAAUACCUGCGAGAUAUGUGGCCGCAGCCUCCUGGACGUCUUCCGUUUCUGCUCUCUAGGCUGCAAGGUGCUUCUCUGAUCACUGCCCCGGCUCCGUUCCUCCCCUUUGAUUGCCAAUUAUGAAACCCUUUCGCACAGGGAAUCUCAUUUCUAUUUCUAUUCCUGACCACGAAUUGACGUCCAACUAGUUUGAAUGAUUUGGUAGCUUUGCUCCCAUUUUGGAAACCUUCCAUUUUCCGUACUACGUCGACCUGAUAUUCCUUUGUAAGCCUAAUUCAGCUCGGGGGCAUGAAGGACGAUCCGGGGCUGACCUUCGCGCUGCGACCCAAAGCCGGCCGGGAGUAUCUCACCGGCUCGGAAUCGGACGACUCACCCACUCCGAGUAAGCUCCGGAAGACGUCCCUCUUCAUCCGUUCGAUCAACCUUCCGUCCACCUCGUCGGACGGCGGCGGAGCAAACUCAGGCAGCAUUUCCCCGACGACACCCCCGAUCAUCAGCUACCGGACUUGCAGGCGAAAGGGUAUACCUCACCGAGCACCCUUCUAG